AUGACUCUGAGCGCAUUAAUCUGUGAGGCAAUUACGCGGAUGGACCCGUGGACGAUUCUUUUGGCCGCUCUGGUCCAACAGCUGUUUUCCAUGGUUUGGUUUGGUCUCAUCGUGAAGACAGUUGCGGAUUACUAUCUUGCCGCCGACAAGGGUGUGCGGAGGGUGGAGCACAUAGUGUACCGAUACUCUCCUGUUUUUUGCUGCAUCACCACAUUUGCUGCCGGUGCCGCCCGAGCCGUCGCCGUUCACACGAUUAUCACUGUUUGCAACGGCAAGGGACUCUGUGACUACCAGACGGCUGGGGUGGUGGUUGCACUGCUUACAUGCAUCAACCAGCACCAGUUUUUCUCUUGUCAACGACCUUUGCCACUUCUGCUCACAGAAUGUGGCUACGAGUUUGCCGCCGCUCUCCUGGCAUCUGUCUGUUGUCUCGGCAUGCAAACUUUUGUUCUCUAG